GACUCAUUCAUACCGGACAUACUACACGAGUCAAACAGACGGACGCUGUGUCUAUUUGUGUUGAGGUGUUUUAAAUCCCGUUUACAACUGAUUUCUGACUGGGACGCUAAUAGGAAUUCCCUGGUUUACUCGGUGUGUAUUCCCGUUAGGAGAAGAAAGAGAGCGAAGGAAACGUCUCUCAUCUUGACCUCUGCUCGCGAAUGGAAAGCAUCAGGAAAUACAUGUUCGUCCUCCGCUCCACUGUGGGACCUGGAAUCUAAGAUCAGAAGAGUUUCUUGGAGGAUCAUUUAUUGUAAAUGGAUUCCUUCUUUGUAGAGGGGGCCCGUGUCUGGCUGCGGAACAAAGAGCUGCUCCUCCCUGCUACUGUCAGCUCCUGUUCCCACGACGACGGAUACCUGGUCCUUACAACCGACUACGGAAAGGUGAUGUACCUGCAGCAGGGUGAGCUGAGCAGAGACAAGGUGUUUCCUAUGCACCCCACCAGUAUUAAUGGAGUAGAGGACAUGUCUACUCUGGCAGAACUACAUGAGGCUGCCAUAAUGUACAACCUUUACCUGCGCUACCAGAAGGACUGCAUCUAUACCAACAUAGGCUCUAUCCUAGCAGCGGUGAACCCCUACAAGCAGAUCCCAGAUCUGUAUGACCCAGCAGCAGUAGACCUGUAUUGUAGACACCACCUGGGAGAGCUGCCCCCUCAUAUCUUCGCUGUGGCCAACGAGUGUUACCGCUGUCUCUGGAAGAGACACGACAGCCAGUGUGUUCUCAUCAGUGGAGAGUCAGGAGCAGGGAAGACCGAGAGUACCAAGCUGCUGCUCCAGUUCCUGUCUGUGAUGUCACAGAACUCAGCCGGGACAGCCCACACUGAGAGGAGCACCCGUGUGGAGCAGGCCAUUAUCCAGAGCAGCCCCAUCAUGGAGGCGUUUGGGAAUGCCAAGACGAUGUACAACAACAACUCUUCCCGCUUUGGGAAGUUUAUCCAGCUCCACUUCUCCCAGAGUGGGAACAUCCAGGGAGGAUGUAUCAUAGACUAUUUACUUGAAAAGAACCGUGUGGUGAGACAGAACCCUGGAGAGAGGAACUAUCAUAUCUUCUAUGCUCUGCUGGCCGGGGCCGACAAGAACCACAGAGAGCUGUACUUCCUGUCAGAGGGCCCAGAGUCAUACCACUACCUGAGUCAGUCUGGCUGUGUGAAGGACAGGAGUCUAGAUGACCUGAAGCUAUAUGACAGUUUUAUGGAGGCUCUAAAGGUGAUGCAGUUCAGUGAUGAGGAGAUGCGUGACGUCUUCAAGCUGCUGUCUGCUGUUCUCCUGAUGGGGAACAUAGAGUUCAUGACGGCUGGAGGAGCACAGAUCACCUCUAAAGGAGUGGUCAGUAAUGUCAGUGAUCUGCUGGGCCUGGACUCGUUCCAGCUGUCUGAGGUUUUGACCCAGAGGUCCAUGAUCCUGAGAGGAGAGGAAAUCUGUUCACCCCUCACUGUGGAACAGGCGGUGUGCUCUCGGGACUCGGUUGCCAUGGCGUUGUACGCCCAGUCUUUCUCCUGGAUCAUCACACGGAUCAACCAGAAGGUCAGAGGGAAGGACAACUUCAAGUCCAUCGGUAUCCUCGACAUCUUCGGCUUCGAGAAUUUUGAGGUGAACAGGUUUGAACAGUUCAACAUCAACUACGCCAAUGAGAAGCUCCAGGAAUACUUCAACAAACACAUCUUCUCCCUGGAACAGCUGGACUACAACAGAGAGGGGAUCCAGUGGGAAGCCAUAGACUGGAUGGAUAAUGCAGAGUGUCUGGACCUCAUAGAGAAGAAACUGGGCAUGUUGGCUCUGAUCAACGAGGAGAGUCGCUUCCCAAAAGGCACCGACUACACCCUGCUAGAGAAACUACACAGUAGACACGCUACUAACCAGUACUACAUGAAGCCCAGAGUGACAGAUCACCAGUUUGGCAUCAAGCACUAUGCUGGAGAGGUUCUGUAUGACGUCAGAGGGGUCCUACAGAAGAACCGAGACACCUUCAGAGAUGACGUCUUAAACAUGCUCAAGGACAGCAGGCUUGACUUCAUCUAUGACCUGUUUGAGCGUGUCGGGAGCAGGAACGGAGAGGAGACCCUGAAGAUGGGGACGGCCAGACGCAAACCCACCGUCAGCUCUCAGUUCAGGGACUCUCUCCAUUCCUUGAUGAACACUCUGAGUGCCUCCAACCCUUUCUUUGUGCGCUGCAUUAAACCCAACAUGGACAAGAACGCCAACAUGUUUGACCCAGAAGUGGUCCUGAACCAGCUGAGGUAUUCUGGGAUGUUGGAGACCGUGAAGAUCCGCAGGGCUGGUUUCCCUGUCCGCAGGACUUUUAAUGACUUCUACAGCAGGUACAAGAUGAUCCUGAAAGACAAGCAUCCAACAGACGACCAGAGAGGGAGAUGCACAGAGCUGCUGAUGUCAUACGACCCCGCCAAGAUAGACUGGCAGCUGGGGAAGACUAAGGUGUUCCUGAAGGAAGAGCUGGAACACCGGCUGGAGAAGGGGAGGGAAGUGGUGCGGAGACAGGCGGGCAUGGUGAUCCGGGCACACAUACUCAGCUAUGUGGCAAGGAAGCACUAUAAGAGGGUGCUGGCCAGCACCGUCACUAUCCAGAAGAACUACAGAGCUCACUUCUGGAGACGUGUGUUCCUUCGUCUCCGCACCGCAGCUGUCAUUCUACAGAAACACCAGCGUGGUCGGCUGGCCCGAGGCCUCUAUCGACACCUCUCUGAGGAGAAGAAGAGGAUAGAGGAGGAGAGACGGCAAGUAGAGGGGGAGAGGAGGAGGCUGGAGGAAGAGGAGUUGAGGAGGAAGGAGGAGGAGAGACGGCAAGUAGAGGGGGAGAGGCUGGAGGAAGAGAAGAGACGAGAGGAGGAGGAGUUGAGGAGGAGGAAGGAGGAGGAGAGACUGGGACAACAAAAGGAGCAGGAAGCAGCGAAGAGAAAGGAGGAGGAGCUUUGCAACGGACAGCAAGUCGAAGACGAGGAGAAAGCCACAGCCAACAACAGGAACUCCCUGGAGAUGGAAUCUCCUGCUCCCCAUAAGGAGGUGUCCCUGUCCUACUCCCUGCCCCACCACACCUCUGAGGAGGAGUCCUGUCAGAUGGAGGAGAUCCUUCGGCUGGAGAAGGAGAUUGAGAGGCUGCAGCGCCAGAGGGAGGACGGGGUGUCCAUGUUAGGGGACGGCCUGGGAGGGAGCAGGGAGGAGCUCCGGCAGAGGAGGGACGCAGAGAUCUACCGGCUGGAGAAGGAGGCGUCUCGCGUGGCCACAGAGUUCCUGGAGCUCCUGGACUUUGGGGGUCUGGAACAGAGUCUGUCCAUCGAGGAGAAUCUCCACGACCCCUCAGAGAGCACCACUCCCCUGGCCCGGGCCGAGGAGGAGGAGGACGAGGGCUUCCAUGCUGAGGAGGAGUGUCCCGGUAGCGGUAUCCUCCUGCCUGACUUCCCUUUCCCCGUGGAGGUUCCUCUGGACCAGGAGGUCUUCUCCUCCCUCCCUCCUUCUCCUCCUGCCUUCGCUGAGAGUCUGGUAGCACAUGCCCUGGCUCUCUCUCAGGCCCCGUGUUGUCCCCCUGUUUACUACCCCCUCACCUCUAUUGUCCCUACACACCACCCAGCUCCUCCUCUCCCUGGCCUCACCAACGGAGGUGGGAAGGCUCUCUGUCACCAACCCACCAGGAGAAUAGAGGUGGCUCCAGAGAUCAACAGUGUGCCCAGAAGAGUGGGCGUAGUACCCGACAGACCCUGUGCCAGGGUAGAUGUUAUGCCAACUAGAAUAGAGGCGGAACCCUCCAGAUUCCCAGAGGCUGUGCCAGACAGGAGAGCAGAGCUAGUGCCCACUGUGCCUGUCCCAGGGGCCAGGGAGGUCAGAGAGGAGGUGUCAUUCAGCGUCCUACCAGACACAGAGUCAUACUGUGACCAGGAGGAGUUUGAGGAGGUGCAGGGGAGUACAGGUUCUGGAGACGUAGACAGUAUCACGGACGGACAUGCAACUGAUGAGGUGCUGAGGAAAUCAUCCUGUACUCAGAACAGCCUGGACUCCUUCAGAGGCAGCUCAGACUCUUUUAUAGACAGUGACACAAGCAACGAUGGCUAUGUGGACACAGACGAGGAGGUGUCCAAUGGGAGGGUGAAUCUACUGAAUGGCUCUGGGCCUCCAUACUUCCACAGCUACCUCUACAUGAAGGGUGGACUGAUGAUCCCGUGGCGACGGAGGUGGUGUGUGUUGAAGGACGACACCUUCAUGUGGUUCAGGGCGAAGCAGGACAGUCUGAAGAGUGGCUGGCUGUAUAAGAAGGGAGGUGGCAUGUCCACUCUGUCCAGACGGAACUGGAAGCUGCGCUGGUUCGUACUGAGAGACGAUAAACUCAUGUACUUUGAGAGCGACAGCGAGGAGAAACUGAAGGGGACCGUGGACAUCCGCUCCGCCAUGGACAUAGUGGAUAACCAUGCCAAAGAGAAUGCUUUGAACAUCGUGACUGAAGAGAGAACCUACCACAUUUAUGCAGAGACUCCUGAAGAUGCCAGUGGCUGGUUCAACGUGCUGAGUCGUGUCCACAGUGCCAGUCCAGACCAGCUGAUGGAGAUGAACCAUGAGCAGGCCGACCCCAAGAACGCUGUGGGAACUGUGGAUGUUGGACUGAUCGACUCUGUGUGCGCCUCAGACAACCCUGACAGACCCAACUCGUUUGUCAUCAUCACUGCUAACCGUGUGAUCCACUGCAACACUGAGAUGCCUGAAGAGAUGCACCACUGGAUCGGCCUGCUGCAGAAACCUAAAGGAGACGCCAGGAUAGACGGGCAGGAGUUCUUCGUCAGAGGUUGGCUUCACAAGGAGAUAAGGGCUAAGAGCACUAGUCUGAAGCUGAAGAAGAGAUGGUUUGUAUUGACCUCUACCUCUCUGGACUACUACAAGUCUUCAGAGCGCAGUGUGUCCAAGCUGGGGACCCUGGUCCUCAACAGUCUCUGCUCUGUGGUCCAGCCCGACGAGAAGGUCUUCAAGGACACCGGUUACUGGAGCAUUAUCGUCCACGGCCGUAAACACUCGUACCACCUCUACACCAAACUACUGAACGAGGCUAUGCGCUGGGCGUCGGCCAUACAGGGGGCUGUCGACAGCAAGGUUCCCAUAGAGACACCCACACAGCAACUCAUCAGGGACAUCAAGGAGAGCAGUCUGAACGUGGAAGCUGUGGAGCAGACGUACUGGAGGAACCCUAUCCUCAGAUAUACCCAGCACCCCCUCCACUCCCCCCUGCUUCCUCUGCCUUAUGGGGAGGUCAACAUCCACCUCCAUAAGGAGAAGGGCUAUGCCAGCCUGCAGGAUGAGGCAGUGAAGAUCUUCAACUCUCUGCAGGAGAUGGAGUCUGUGUCUGACCCCGUGCCGAUCAUCCAGGGCAUCCUCCAGACCUGCCACGACCUACGCCUGCUCAGAGACGAGGUCUACUGUCAGCUCAUCAAGCAGACCAAUCACGUGCCUCAGCCCGACAGCUCGGCCAAUCGCGCCCACUGGCACCUCCUCACCUGUAUGAGCUGUACCUUCCUGCCCAGCCGGGGCAUCCUGCGCUACCUCAAGUUCCACCUUAAAAGGGUGAAGGAGCAGUUCCCUGGAACAGAGGUGGACAUGUUUGCCCAUUUCAUAGGUGAGUCUCUGAAGAGGACCAAGGUCAGGGAGUAUGUUCCGUCUCAGGAGGAGAUCGUAGCCUUGCUGACCAGGCAGGAAAUGACUACUACGGUCUACUGCCACGGAGGAGGAUCCUGCAAGAUCUCCAUCAACUCACACACCACCGCUGGAGAGGUGGUGGAGAAGUUGAUCCGAGGCCUGGCCAUGGAGGACAGUAGAAACAUGUUUUCCCUGUUUGAACACAACAACACUACGGACCGGGCUGUGGAGAGCAGAGUCCUCGUGGCUGACGUACUCGCCAAGUUUGAGAGGCUGUCAGGCAGUGAGGAGGUGGAGGAAGAGGGACAGUGGAGGCUCUACUUCAAACUCUACUGUUUCCUGGAUGUAGAGAGCAUGCCCAAGGAAGGGGUGGAGUUCGCUUUCAUGUUCGAACAGGCUCAUGAGUCUCUGACCAGCGGUCACCUCCCGGCCCCAGAAGACACCCUUCAGCACCUGGCCGCUCUCAGGCUCCAGUUCCUCCAUGGGGACGAGGCCCGGGGCAGCUGGUCUCUGGACACUGUCUACCCUGUAGGGAGGCUCCGCGCACGCAUCCUGCACUUCACCAAGGUGGGCGCGGCGGGGCCUGUGGGCCAAACCCUUGAGCGGAGGCGGACCAGCUUCCUGGACGGGACACUGCGCCGCAGCGGGCUGAAGACGGGCUCCAUGAAGAAACAGAAGAUGGAGGAGGAACAGAUGCUGGAGAUGUGGGUGAAGGAGGAGACUUCAGCCACCAGAACCUCCAUCGUAGAGAAGUGGUCCAGACUUCAGGGACUGGACCAGCACACUGCCAUGCUCAAAUACAUGAAUAUCAUCAAGGAGUGGCCCGGAUAUGGGUCCACACUGUUCGACGUAGAGUGUAAAGAAGGAGGCUUUCCUCAUGACCUGUGGCUGAGUGUGAGUGCAGAGAACGUGUCGGUCUACAAGAGAGGAGAACCCAAACCUCUGGAGACGUUCCCCUACGAACACAUCAUCUUCUUCGGAUCUCCCCAGGCCACUACCUAUAAGAUCACAGUGGACGACAGAGAUAUGUUCUUUGAGACACCUCUGGUUGGAGAGAUCACUAAGAUCAUGAAAGCCUACAUCAACAUGAUAGUAAAGAAGAGAUGCAGUGUCAGAUCUGGGCCCAGCUACGGAACCAACUGGAUCAGGUGAUUAGGGACAGGACACAGCCCAGUUGGCUUCCUACCGCCCCUGACCAGAAGGCUACAAGGCAGCAGGGUCCAUGAAGACAGGACUGUUCUCCUCAACUCAGAUGUCUGAAUAACUGAAAGCAGGCUGCUAUUCAGCUACUCCAGAACUCGUCCAACUCCCGGUGUCCCUCAGUGUGGUACGCCAAGCCAACAUUCUAGAACAUGCUAAAAGGCGGAACUGCGUUCCUCAACCGUUUCCUAUUGCUAUUCUAUAGCUGUCGACAGAGUGGAUACCACGUUACCUUCUGCUAUUAUUUACAUCAAUUUAUCAAUAGUAUGGAAAAAUCAGGAUGUCACAUCAUAUUUCCUUCUGUAUCAAGUUCUAGCAUUUUCCAAUGGAUUGAGAGAGAAAUGUUUCACUGUCAAGCCUUCCCCUGACUAGCUCCCCUUUCCUUAUAAGAAUGUUGUGUCUAUUUUUAAAUUGGCAAGUGUUAUUAUUUUUAUUAUAAUAACAUAUGUAAAUGAAUGGGCGCCCAACUAUACCGUUAUAUAUUUACAAUGAGAAGAAGUUAUUUGUCUAAGUAAGGUUGAAAGACUUUCCCCUCAGGUUUUUCUGAGCAAUAGGAGUUGAAUCCCAAACCAACCACAGACCCAGGGAGUUGAACCUCUUUACAUUUGAAUGCCUUAAAUGGGUUCACUGCUUCCAUCCAUGUGGUUAUUCGUCUACUUUGGACUGUAAGUAAUAGUUUUGACUUUCAGGAAUGGCAUCCCCAAGCCAGCGUUAUGUCAGGGUUAAUAGCUUGAUGGUUAUAACCAGUUAUAAUGCUUGUGGCAGAAGCUGCUAUUCUUUAGCCUGGUCCCAGAUCUGUUUGUGCUAUUGCCUCCUCUGAGUAUGAAGCUUAACAUGUUUGAAAUGACAAUUCCAUAAGAAGUUGGCAAAAGAGCAGAAAAGCAGGCUGGUGCCCAAAGCUAGCCAUUCUACCCAGUGCCCGAGAAACAGGUUUUUAACUCUGGUGAAAUAACACUUGUAUUUUAUAUAACUAGAACAAACAAUACAUAAUCCAUCACUACUAUAUUCAGGUUAUUAUUUAUUUACUAUAAAGGCAGUGGUUUAAUACAGAACAUUUUGCUUAAUUCUAAAGAACAUCAUUAUAGAAUUUAGUCUGAGGUGUUUUCAUUUAAAUGUUUUAUUUGCUAUUUUGAUUUGAAACCAGAUUCGUCCUUGUAAUGAAAUGUUUUGUGUGACUGAAACUGUUUGAAAGAGAGCGUGCCGUGUUGAGGAAGGUACUUCCUGGUUUUUGUGUUACUGAAGUAUUGUUGGUCACGAGCGAUAGAGCAGGGUUAACCAUUUGGCACCCCAACUUUUACGAGCAAAUAUUAUCUUAGAAAUUGUUGGACGCAUGACUGUAAAAAAACACCUGCACCUCA